AUGGAUAAAUCAUGGAUUAAGAAGCCACACACAUCGGAUGAAUAUGAACAAGGGAUAAAGGAAUUUAUUAAUUUUGCCUUUCGAGAUGAAUUAAAAAAUGGCGAAAUAAUAUGUCCUUGUAAACGUUGUGGAUACACCCUUUGGGUACAUCACGAAGAGUCCAUAGGAGAAACUAGUACUAUCUCACCUAUUAGUAUUUCUAAUAUAGUUCAAGACACAGUUGUCGUUGAUGAUCAAAUGCAAAACAUGAUUAAUGAUGCUUUUGGAGUCGAAGAUCAUGCAAAUGAAGUACCCAUUGAAUCAAAUACAGAGAAGGAGAAAAAUGCAAGUCAACAAAGGUAUGAAGAGGCCAAAGAGUACUAUGAAUUAAGUAGAGAAGGAGAAAAACCUUUGUAUGAAGGGUGUGUUAAAUAUUCAAGACUAUCUUUUUUGGUAAAGUUGUAUCACAUCAAAUGUUUAUGUGGAAUGACUAAUAAAGCCAUGACAAUGGUUUUAGAGUUAUUAAAAGAUGCAUUUGAAUUUGCAAAUAUACCAAAUUCAUUCUAUGAAGCCAAGAAAACAAUCACCAAGCUUGGUUUAAAUUAUGAAAAAAUCCCUGUUUGUCCGAAUAAUUGUAUGCUUUAUUGGGGUAAUAAGGAAGAUGAAGAAAGGGAGACCUGCAAAAUUUGUAACACUUCGAAAUGGAAAUCAAAAGCAAAAGUUGGUGCAGUUGGAGUGUCUGGUGACGGCAAUAAUCGAAAGAAAGUUCCUGCAAAAGUUCUUCAUUAUUUUCCAUUAAAACCAUGGUUACAAAGAUUAUUUUUGUCCUCAAAGUCGGCCGAGGAUAUGAGAUGGCAUGCAAAUGAUAGUAAGAAUGAUGGAAUGUUGAGGCAUCCUAGAGAUUCUGAAGCAUGGAAACAUUUUGACUUGACACACACUUGGUUUGCAUCAGACCCGCGAAAUGUGCGUCUUGCAUUAGCUAGUGAUGGUUUUAAUCCUUUUGGUAUGAUGAGUACAAAUUAUAGUAUUUGGCCAGUUAUUCUCAUUCCAUACAACACUCCUCCAUGGGUGUGCAUGAAACAUACAUCUUUUAUAAUGUCAAUGAUAAUUCCCGGUAAAAAAAUGCCAGGAAAUGAUAUUGAUGUCUAUUUACAACCUCUAGUAAAAGAAUUAAAGGAGUUAUGGACAACAGGUGUCGAUACAUACGAUUCUUUUAAAAAAGAGAUGUUCACAUUACAUGCAACUUUGAUGUGGACAAUUAGUGAUUUUCCGGGGAUGGGUACACUUUCUGGGUGGAACACUUACACUGGACUUGCUUGCCCAUCGUGUAACAUUGACUCUACUCCUCGUCGUCUUAAUCAUAGCAAAAAAUGGUGUUUUAUGGGUCAUCGUCGUUUUCUUGAUCAGAGACAUAGAUUUAGAUUGAACAAGGUUCGCUUUGAUGGUCAACAAGAUAUGCGUGGUCCACCUAAAAUGUUAUCUGGGCUUCAAAUUCUUGAACAGGUUCAAAAUAUUGAUGUCACAUUUGGUAGAAAGCCAGAUAAAGAAAGGUCGGGAAAAAGAAUACGUGGUGGACGACCUACACAAGGUGUCAAUCAACAAUGGAAAAAGAAAAGCAUAUUCUUUGAACUUCCAUAUUAG